GACUGAGCCUCUGCUAAGUGAUCUCCCUGCCAGACAGACUAGACACGAUUUUCUGCAGGACUGGAAACUUGGACCUAUUUCUCUUCGUCUGCCCUGAGAAGCAGGCAGCGAGACAGAGUGAAAAGGGGGAAGAAGUAUUUCAAUAAAGGUGAAGCAUAGAGAGAUGUUCUAAAGAGUCUGUGUGAGAGAGAAACUUCAAGCCACAGAAGAUGGAGAAUGAAACAGUCAGUGAACUGAACCAAACCGAGCUUCAGCCCCAGGCAGUGGUGGCGCUCGAGUACCAGGUGGUCACUAUCUUACUUGUGCUCAUUAUUUGCGGACUGGGCAUCGUGGGCAACAUCAUGGUCGUCCUGGUGGUCAUGAGAACCAAGCACAUGAGAACCCCUACCAAUUGCUACCUGGUGAGUCUGGCUGUGGCUGAUCUCAUGGUCCUGAUAGCUGCAGGCCUCCCCAACAUAACCGACAGCAUCUACGGUUCCUGGGUCUAUGGCUAUGCUGGUUGCCUCUGCAUUACCUAUCUCCAGUAUUUAGGGAUUAACGCAUCCUCAUGUUCCAUAACCGCCUUUACCAUUGAGAGGUACAUAGCAAUCUGCCAUCCCAUCAAAGCCCAGUUUCUCUGCACAUUUUCCAGAGCCAAAAAGAUCAUUAUAUUUGUCUGGGCCUUCACAUCCAUUUAUUGCAUGCUCUGGUUCUUCCUGCUGGAUCUCAAUAUUAGCACCUACAAAGGUGCCAUUGUGGUAUCCUGUGGCUACAAGAUCUCCAGGAACUACUACUCGCCUAUUUACCUAAUGGACUUCGGUGUCUUUUACGUGGUACCAAUGAUCCUGGCCACUGUGCUCUAUGGAUUUAUAGCCAGAAUCCUUUUCUUAAACCCCAUUCCUUCCGACCCUAAAGAGAACUCUAAAAUGUGGAAAAAUGAGUCAACCCAUCAGAACAAGAAUUUGAAUGUAAAUGCCGCCAACAGAUGUUUCAACAGCACUGUGUCUUCCAGGAAGCAGGUCACCAAGAUGCUGGCAGUGGUUGUAAUUCUGUUUGCCCUUUUAUGGAUGCCCUACAGGACUCUUGUGGUUGUCAACUCAUUUCUCUCUAGCCCUUUCCAGGAAAAUUGGUUCCUGCUCUUUUGCAGAAUUUGCAUUUACCUCAACAGUGCCAUCAACCCAGUGAUUUACAACCUCAUGUCUCAGAAAUUCCGUGCAGCCUUCAGAAAGCUCUGCAAUUGCAAGCAGAAGCCCACAGAGAAACCGGCCAACUACAGCGUGGCUCUAAAUUACAGCGUCAUCAAGGAGUCAGACCGGUUCAGCACAGAGCUGGAUGACAUCACCGUCACUGAGACUUACGUGUCAACCACAAAAGUGUCAUUUGAUGACACCUGCUCGGCUUCUGAGAAAAACGGAUCCCAUUCAUGUGCAUAUUCUUUGACUGCCAAACAGGAAGAAAUAUGAACUUCCUCACGAACAUCUUGGACCAGUAUUAAUAAAGGUGAAAUCUUUCCAGAAAAGAAACAAGUACAGUACGAUUCAGAAUAAGUUUGUUCCAACUGACCAAAGGCCUUCAUCCAGAAGUCAGUAAGGGCAUCAUGAUGCUGACAGGGUACAGGAUGGCACAAUAAGUAAUCAAAUAUUUAAUCCCUAUGAGUACAAGCCACUCCUGUUUUGAUAUACAUAAAAAUUACUGGAGAGUUUAUCUUAAUAUGUGCUUUGUCUAUCUCUGUCUCAAGAAAUUAUCACUUACUGAGGACUCUGAGCUCAGCCUGAAAGUCACUUUGUUCUGAGCCUCCAUAUAUACCCUUCAAAAAUCGUGAAUACUGAAUAACUCUGAAUAAGCAAAUAAAAAGAAAAUGUCAUUAGGACAAAUUCAUUUCAUCUUCACAGCCCACAAAUUAAAGUCAGACCAUGACUUUGACAUUGAGUUUCUGCUGAAUGAUUGAAUAAGUAAAUCAGUGAAUCUCCAACCAAAAAAUAUAACCUAGAGGGGCUGUGGUGGAACACUCCUUUAACCCCAACACUUGAGAGGCAGAGACAGGCAGAGUUUGAGGUCAGCCUGAUCUAUAGAAUGAGUCCAGGACAGGCUUCAAAAAGCUACAGAGAAUCUUUAUUUUGAAACCACCCCCCCUCAAAAAAAUAUAACCUAAAAUCUUUAUGCUGCCUGAUUUUCCUGUAGGUUUAUCUUUACCAUUAUGUAACUUAUUGAUUGUUUUUAUUGUCUUAAACCAUUCAUUCUCUUGGCUCAUUAAAUUGUACUAUAUUUGUGCCAGGUGAUGAUGACAACCACUCCUUGUGUAUACACCAUGAGCGCGACCUUGUGUAUACAACAUGAGUGUGACCUUGUGUAUACAACAUGAGUGCGGCCUUGUUUAUACACCAUGAGUGCAACCUUGUGUAUACACCAUGAGCGUUACUUUGUGUAUAUACCAUGAAUGCGACCUUGUGUAUACACCAUGAGUGUGACCUUGUAUAUAUACCAUAAGUGCAACCUCGUGUAUAUACCAUGAACACGACCUUGUGUAUACACCAUGAGCGUGACCUUGUGUAUACACCAUGAGCGUGACCUUGUGUAUACACCAUGAGCGUGACCUUGUGUAUGCACCAUGAGCAUGACCUUGUGUAAACACCCACCAUGAGCGCAACCUUGUGUAUACACCAUGAGUGUGACCUUGUAUAUAUACCAUGAGCACAACCUUGUGUAUAUACCAUGAGCGUGACCUUGUGUAUAUACCAUGAGUGCAAACUUCAAUAGCAUCCUCACAUCUGUCGCCUAAUUUAGUAAUGAUCAAACAUUGUCUGUUUGCUCAGAGGUGAUUACAGAUUAUCACUAAAAUGCGAAUAAAAUGAAUAAAACAUGCAGAGUACGUAAUAGAAAGACAACCUAUAUGACUUCAUACUGCAAACAUUAGAACUCCUCUAGGGGAAUAGACUAUCAGUGAGUCCUAGAGUCGUGUGAAGGAUUUUAUAAAGAAGAUUGGAUUUCUUUUAAGGAUAGGCUUGGUUUAGAUGGUCAAGAAAAGACAAUCCAUACAAGAGAAAGAAAAUGAAUAAGUGCAGGUUAAAAAGAAUCAGCUCUGGCUAUUAAGGCUGCUUCCAGUGUGGUAUGGUCAUCAGAAAUUAGUUAAGGUAAGCCACUAGCAGAAAGGAAAGAAAGAGAAAUAAAAGACUUUCUGAUAUUUAUAUUGGAUGAGGAAAUAGUCACCCAGACUCCAUAGGUAGAUGUGUGUAUAAAUAAGCUAUUGUGUAUUUUCUAAACCUUGUGAAUUUCAUUUGCUAUCUACAGAAAUUAUAGUAUACUAUUUGUCUUCUCUGUGUUACAAUUCUGAAAGUAUUCUUAAAGACACAAUUUUCCAAGUAAAAACUAUAUUGUAUAUGUGCAUAUCUUUUCUAUACACAUUGUCAUCAUCUAUGGAGAAAUAUUUAUUUAUGUAUAUAUGAUUCAGAGGUCCCUAACAGCCAUGAAGUUAUCCAGUUAUGCUAUAUAUAGAGAUCUAUGCUAGCUCAUAGGCCCUUUGUGGACCUAAGCAUCCAUAUGAAUUGUGAAACUGAGAAGCAGUGCAUAGUUUUAUAGUCCUUGACCUGCUGACUUGCAUGCUGCUUACAUUGUGUAGCUGGAUGCUUUGCUUUCUUACAAUGUACCUCGGAAGACUUUGGUUGUAGAGAGCUGUGUGCCAAUUCAUCUCGUUGCUUGGAGGUUAACCAUUGUGUCCAUGUGGGCACAGAUUCUUCUUUGAGAACGUUCUGUAAUUUGUGUCCUCUCUACUGUAGGAAACUGUCCGU